AGAGAGAGAGAGUAUUAUGGUCUGCCUGGAAUUCUGAACGCGAGAGAAGGCGGACUCGCUCGCGCAGCCUAAGCCUCUCCGCAAGCUAACGGUAGCGCGAGAGAGGUAAACAUGGAGCUGUCUGCCGUCGGAGAAAGGGUCUUCGCGGCCGAGUCGAUUAUAAAAAGGCGAAUAAGGAGAGGUCGAAUGGAAUAUCUCGUGAAAUGGAAGGGCUGGUCACCGAAGUACAGUACUUGGGAGCCCGAAGAAAAUAUCCUGGAUUCCCGGCUCUUCGCCGCUUUCGAAGAGAGGGAACGUGAGAGGGAGCUUUUCGGACCCAAGAAAAGAGGACCGAAGCUCAAGACCUUCCUUCUGAAGGCUCAGGCAAAAGCCAAAGCAAGAUCCUAUGAGUUCCGUGGUGAAUCUUCACGGAGCAUGCGAGUCACGUACCCCAGCCCUGAGCCUCUGGUUACCCCAAGGGCUCGGGAGGGUCUGCGUGCAGUGGUCCCAACUAUCUUUCCCCCCAGCACAGUCAACAGAGGUGAAAGUGUGCGGCUCCCCCUUCCAGAACCGGCCCGGGAAUAUCGCCCACAUCCCUCGUCGAGACCCAGCUCCGAUGGCUUCAUACCCACACCCAAAAAGAGAGGCCGGAAGCCUAAGCUCCGAUUCCCAGAGGGAUUUCCGAGCAGCCUGCACCCAGACCAGGCCAGGAGGAGGGCGGAUGAGUCCAUAUCUGGCAUCCCAUCCAAGAUGGCACGGCUUGGCCUUGGGGAGGAUGAGGAGGACGGUCAUUCCGAUCUGAGAGCCAUGAAAGCGGACCACAGACACCAGACGUCCCCUCUGUAUCCCCACAAGCAGCACACGACCGUCCCCUCCGUGGACUGGAGCCUCGACUCCUCUAGAAGGAAUUUGGACAUGCAGCAGUGCAGGACUAGAGAACAUGGCAGCGGUUUGCACCGGCAACACCUAAAGCACCUUAAACACCUCAGCCAUCAGAGGGCGCUAGAGCCUGGGGCGCAUGCGACCAGGCAGCAGCGGCAGCCUACCCUCAUCGCCAAGAUUCCUGUAGCACGGAUAUUCGGGGAACCCGAGGAGGAAGAUGAGGAGGAGGAAGACAAGGAGGAUGCUUGGAGCCCCUGUUUCAGCAAUGUGGAGAAGGUCAUCAUCACAGACGUGACGACAAACUUUUUGACUGUAACUAUCAAAGAGAACAGCACAGACAAAGGCUUCUUUAAAGACAAGAGAUGAAAUGAUGACUGUCAACUAUACCUAAAUAUGUAAUUAGAUUUUUUUUUUCUCCCAUUAUUUUCAUAAAUCGGUGAUCAAAAUGUUCUGUAUAUUGUAUAUAGAUAUCAAGAUUUUAUUCCAUUUUCUGUGUUCACACUGAAACCUGUAUUUAAAUGUAAUGGCACCGCUGUUGUUAAAUUCGGCUGGUGGAGAGAGAUUUGCAUGCGCUAGAAAUGGUCACAGUCGAGAUGCGUGUACGACUACCGGUUGUCAAUAGAACUGUGUUUAGAUAUGUAUAUUCGGUUCCCACAUUUACUUCUUGUAAAGCAGACUUCAUUUUUAUCGAAAAUUGUGUACUAAAUGUAUUAAGCUACUGAUUUGCUUCCCAGAUGAGUACUUCUGAGUUUAGUUCUUUUAUUUACUUAAUUGCCAGCAUACUGAAAAUGUGCGAUUUUGUUAAAGUGGGCCUUCGUUAAACUUGAAAAGUUUAGUAGGCUACGAGUUAAAUUACACAAUGUAUUUUGGCAGAGAAUUUUCACAGUGAAGUUCCUCGGUAUAAAUUAUCCGGAGCACUAAUAAUGACUGAGAGUACGUCAGAUAGGCGAUUUGAAAUGUAAUUGUUUUCUGUAAGGUUAUUGCAACCGCUUGCGCAUUAUAUGUGAUGUUCUUGUUGA